AAGUUAUCAGUAUUUAAAUACAAAAUAGGAUAACCUUCAUCACCUGCGCGGUAUUACACAAUAAAAUAUUUAUUCGGGCCCAUUUUGCUACCGGUAAUAGUGAACACAUUUAUAAUAUAUCUAUUGUAUAUUCCUAUAAUACAAACUUGGCUUUUUAAUUUGCGAAAAUGUAUCUUCUUUUUUUUAUACGAUUUGAACAAACCCGUUAAUCUUAAUUAGAUAUAUAAAUAUUGCACGUGCGUGAUUCUAUAAAACUAAAGAAUUAAAGUAAAUUUUACGCGAAUCGACCACGAACGUUGUAUGUUGUUAGCUUUACAUACUGUCACAGAAUUAUGGCACUAGAUUGGAAAAAAGUUUUGAUCGUUGGCUUGUCUAGCAUUGUAGUCAGCUGUGUCUUAUACGUAUCUGCUAUACAAUGGGAACAUCGAACCAAUGACGUCAUUGGACCAGGACGGUUUUCAAAUUCUUCACUCAAAUCCGUUACCAUACUAUUCCGUCAUGGAAAUAGAGCUCCAAUGUUUACAUACAAGACAGAUCCACACAAAAAUGCUUUUCCUGAAGGAAAAUCAGAAUUAACUAAAAAAGGAAAACAAAAUAUGUACAAAAAAGGACAAAUAUUACGACGCUUAUACAAUGGUUUCUUAAGUGACUUAUAUUUGGACAGUGAAAUUUUAAUCAAAACCACUAACAAAACACGGACCUACAUGUCAGCGGCAAUGGUUUUAGCUGGAAUGUAUCCGCCAAAAGGUUAUCAAAAAUGGUCAGACACAGAAACUGUUUGGCAGCCUAUUCCUAUUUACAACAAUUCGCCAGAUCAUGGAACAUUGUUUGAUGAGCGGGGAAAAUGUCCGGCAUUUGAUACUACGUUCAAAAAGUUAAAUACUCUAUUUAACAACAAUACAGACCAAGAUACAACAACAUUAAUGUCAUAUUUGUCUGAAAAAUGCGGACAACUCAUCACUAAUACCAAUUUAAUAAAACUAUACGAUUUAUUUAUAUGUCAGGCAUCAGAAGGUUUAACACUACCUGAAUGGAUUAAGCCUUACCACAUUGAAAAAAUAAAGUCAAUUAUAAUGACUAAAAAAAGUUCAGAAAUGAUUUAUGAAAAUCUUAGACUUCAGAAAAUUAUUAUAGGACCUCUGCUAAAUGAAAUUGGUUUGAACAUGGAAUCGAAUUUAAAUAAUAAUGAAACAAGAAAAAUGUAUCUUUAUUCGGGACACGAUAUUAGUAUAGCAACGGCAAUGAGCUUUCUAGGCAAUACCAUUGAAUUGCCCGAUUUUGGCGCUUCGUUACAUUUUCAUAUACAUCACGAUGAAAUAAAUGAAGACACUGUCAAAGUGUACUUUUACAAUCGUUGGGAUAAUGAAGAAGGAAAAGAAGUCCCAAUACUUAAUUGCGGUAAUCCAUGCAAAUUUAAGGACUUUAAAAAUAUGUUGGACAAUAGUUUAUCUGGAAAAUGGAUGGAAGAUUGUCAAGAGUUAGAAAGCUAAUCUAAUUUAUUUAUUAUUUUUGUUACCAUUAAUGCCAUUGACUAAAUCAAUGCUUUAAGAUUUUUUUAAAUUGUCUAAGAUUAUUUUAGAUAUUUUAUUCUAAAAAAAAAAAUAAUGAUAAUAUUUUACCUAUAGUUUGUAUUACCUAUUAUAGUCUUCUAGGUAUAGUCAGGGCAUAGAUUUGCACUUCAUUUUCAUGAUAUUUAAACAAUUUAAUAAUAAACAUAUUAUAGAUUUAUUA